AUGGCUGAACUGGAACACGGCUGGGAGCGCUUCCCUGGGCAGCAAGGCUGGCUUGACAGGUUCCCAGUCUCCACUCUCAUUCUGAUUCCCACACUGUUCUCUGCCCUCUCAGUUGUCACAUGGACGCCUGUGCAAGGAUCUGGUUCAUCGUCUGGCCCCAAAACAAUUGUGCUGGUAACCGUGCUGGGGGAAUUACGAGCCAGAGCAUGGAACUAUGCAGUUGUGACUUACAGUGUACAUGAAAACAGCCACUUGUCUAUCGACAGACCAUAUUCAGAUUUUAUGGCUUUUACAGUUAAAAGUCUCUACCUCGCCGUGACAUUUAUCCACCCAACACAAGCGCACAAGCGGCUGACGCUGGCCGCGCUCCUCUACCUGCUCUUCAUGACCGGGGAGCUCAUAGGUGGCUAUGUUGCUAACAGUCUAGCAAUUAUGACAGAUGCACUUCAUAUGUUAACUGAUCUUAGCGGUAUUAUUUUGACCCUGCUUGCUCUCUGGCUGUCUGCAAAAUCUCCCACAAAGAGGUUCACUUUUGGAUUUCAUCGCUUAGAAGUAUUGUCAGCCAUCAUUAGUGUAUUGCUGGUCUAUAUCCUUAUGGCAUUCCUCUUGUAUGAAGCUGUUCAAAGAACUAUCCAUAUGGACUAUGAAAUAAAUGGCGAUAUCAUGCUGAUUACAGCAGCCGUUGGUGUUGCAGUUAACUUAAUAAUGGGUUUUUUGCUGAAUCAAUCUGGCCACCUUCACUCCCACUCCCAUUCCCACCCUCACUCUCACGUACCUCAGUCGAACUCUCCUAACGCAGCCCACAGCAGUAGCCAUGGUCACAGCAGCCUUGCCGUGAGAGCAGCAUUUGUACAUGCCCUUGGGGACCUGGUACAAAGUAUCGGUGUGCUCGUAGCUGCAUACAUCAUACGCUUUAAGCCAGAAUACAAGAUUGCCGAUCCUAUAUGUACAUAUGUAUUCUCCAUACUGGUGGUUUUGACAACAGUUCGAAUUCUGUGUGACACAGGAGUUAUUAUUCUGGAAGGAGUUCCAAGGCAUUUAAAUGUGGAUCGCAUUAAGGAAGACUUGAUGAAAAUUGAAGAUGUUUAUUCUAUAGAAGAUUUAAAUGUUUGGUCUCUCACUGCAGGAAAAACAACUGCCAUAGUCCACUUGCAACUAGUUCCUGGUAGUUCAUCUAAAUGGGAGGAAGUUCAGUCCAAGGCCCGACACCUACUGCUGAACACAUUUGGAAUGUACAAGUGCUCUGUCCAGCUUCAGAGUUACAGGCAGGAAAUCAGCAAAACCUGCACAAGUUGUCAGAGUUCCAGUGCCUAAUUUCGUAUGUUUUGGGAACUGCUGCCUUAUUCUUUAUCUUGUAGUCAAAGACUGAGAGCAAUAAAUGCAAAAUGAAAAUGAUCAAACAGAAACCAUUAAUAUGUGGCUUUGUACCAUGUAACAUGCAGCAGGGAGAACUGGUGCUGCAAAAGUGCAGUGGUUGCCCUACAGAACAUGUAUUUCACUCUCUCCCUUGAACUGGUUUAUUCAAUUUAUUAUGAUUUUGAGACAAAGCUGUUUUCAGAUUAUUGUUUACAAACUGCAAUGUGACUCUGCAGAUACCUCACAAAUUACAGUCCAAUAUUGUCCUUUAAUAACUAUGUACCACAAAGUACCUGCACUCCAAAUGGAGCAUCAAGUAUUCAGUAUUUCAAUUAAAGUCUCUAAUGCUGAUCAUGCCAGGGUUCCGUAAUGUGUCAUGAUCCCUGAAUUCACUAUACAGUAUUUUUGCAAUAGUAAUUUUCAUACAGUAUCUU